UAUGUAUAUAUAUUCACAUAUAUUUGCUUAUAUGACACGAUAUCAUAUCUGUUAUAUUUGAUAAUGUAUCACAUGAUAUCCUAUCUUUAAUAUCACAUAAUACAAUCUAAAUAUUCUGAAAAUGGUUAAAUUUACAAAAUUUUAUUGCAUAUAUUGUUGGAAAUUAUUAUCCAACGCAAUCUAUAUUUAUAUACCAAAAAUAUACAAGGAAUACAAUAUUUAUCAUGUUGGCCUCAAACACUGAAUAAGUUGUUGUCAUCGAUUAUUCACGCACUAUGGAAAUAAAUAUUUUUAUUCUCGCCUUGCGAUUUACAUUCAGUGAUAGAUGUGACAAACAUUAUUAGCAAUAGCAUUUUCCAUUUGUAUACAUAUAUACGACCUCUUGACAUCUCAGAAUGAAAUUCAACACCGCGCAAUUCUAUAAAUAGAAUUUCACGUACGGGAGUUCUGUAGGUCUUAUGAUUUAACUAUAAAGAUUUAACCGUGGAGAUGGCCUUCAGAGAUUCGAAGAAAGUAUACGAGAAAAGACGCUUCUCUUGCUUCUUCUGUCAUUCUUAUCGUGUUUGUUUUAUUUCUGGAGCUCCUUUCUCUGCGAUCAGUACAUUUUAACAGUCCGCGUCAAUAUCCGGUGGGCGCGUCGAGUUUUCUUGUAUUGGAUUAGAAAUAGCCGUGGGUCGAUCUCUAAUAUUGACCUAUUAUAGAAUGGAGUGAAGCCUGUGAUCGAGGUAACAACGGCAUGACGGCUUGACGGCAAGCUAUCUCUCUGUCUCUUUUUUCCCCUCUCCCCACCGUCCCUCUCUCUCUCUCCUCUCCGUUAAGCGUGGCGCGACCGCGUGGCUCGACGAUUGUACGACGAUCGACGACCCUGAAAGAGAAAAAAAAAAGUCAGUGGCGGGAUACACGCGCGUGUCUGACUGCUGUGUCCCUAGCUCUUGUACCAGAUAGAGCGAAAACAUUGGACGACGCGACGCCAUAAUCUGAUCUAUGAGGAAGCCUAAAGUUAUAUACUGAUAACGGUUACAAUUAAGAAACAUAUGAAAUAUUUCAGAAUAUCGCGCGACUACGACACGACAGAAUGAAAUUCAAUGUGCAAGAGUAUAUCUCCAAUUUCGACGUCGAGAAGUGAUUUUAAUUUUUAUUACAAGACAGUGUCAGUGUUUAUUAUUGAACAUCGCAUCACCAGGUCAGUUUUUUACGAUGCAAGAAACGAUUUUCUUCAAGCUAUUAACGCUUUAUUACAUCAAGAUGAAAAUAUGACUCAUCGAAAAAUAUCGUGGAAUGUAUUCAGAAACGAGAAGAAGUUUUAUCGUAAGAAUAUUCCCCUGGCAAUCGAUCCGUGCCGAAGCAAUGAAAAUGUACAUACUUUGAUAAGAUUUUCGUGAGACGUGACGCCCAUUCCCAUACAAGCUGAAUUCAGAACAUAACAACGCUAACUGAUAAAGGAUAAUAAUCGAUCGUGACAAUAAAAUAUACAAGCUCUUUUUUUUAACUAAAUCAAGAAAUAGCGAUAUGAAAUAAUUAAAGUUAAAUUAAAGAGUUAGUAUGCUAAUUGACUGAAAACAAGAAUAUUAAGAGAAAUAAAACAACAAGUGAUGCAAUGACGCAAUUUUCGAAGAUGUGGUUGCCUAUGCUAAUCAACAAGACAUUCCUGGUGCUUCUGCUGUUAUUCUUAGUGUAUUUCAUCGGAAUGGAUCUACUACUUUACUUCAGGGUGCAGGAUUACGAUGUGCGUCCGCGCGUCGAAAACGAUACGCGGAUUUCGUCGUAUUCUUCGCCAAUCUUGUGCGAUGUGAAUCCGAUUUGUACGGUGACGGUGAAAGCCAUGAUGUUGGAUCAUCCUAAUCACUACAUACUGAGUCCCCUGGCGAGCCUGAUAGAUCACCUGCUGGGCAUCAGUCGUCUUUGGACGUGGCUGACGCCGAAUAUCAUCAGCGUAUCUCAUGUAGUGGUGGCUAUAAUUGGGGCCAGAUACAUCACACGGAAUUCUCUCUCUCACAGACGAGUAGGUGCCAUCCUGUUUCAAGUCAGAGUCUGGCUGGAUAAUCUGGACGGCCACGUAGCCAGGAUGAGGCUCAAUAUUGUCGGCGAGAGAUCGGAUUUUGGCUCCAUCGGUUACUUUGUGGACGGUGUUUGCGAUGGCCUCGGCUGCAUCGCUCUCGUGGUUGCGGUAUUUCUAUUUUUGAAACGCAAUUCCAAUCGCCGCGCCGGCUACGAACGACUGCCCAUUCGAACGUCAUUGACGUCCAGUACCGUCUCCUCCGUUCCGUUCUGGAAAUCGCCCUUGUAUAACAUGUUAAUGGUGGGUCUGCAUUUUUCCCUGACGAGCAUCGCUUGGAAUCGAUAUAUAUCCGUAUAUCAGGAUCUUUUGGAGACCGACAGCAGUAUUCUUCCGAUCAACCGAAAAGAUCUCUAUGAUAGGCAAACCAUCGUCUUCAGGAGCCCCUCGUUCUGGGCUAUCACACUUGCCUGGAAGACCUUCAAUUUCCACGCGAUGAUGGAUUUCAUGCUUCUGUCAAUAUUCCUCGAUCGCAUCUGGGAAUACGUUAGACUUGUAUGGUGGCAGCUACCUUCCGUCCUGUUAUUACUUGUUCUUAUCAGCGAGUUUCAUUAUAUUAACGCGUAUGCUUAUGUGGAAAUAUCACCGUUGAACGAGAGUUUGCGAUUCUUCUCCUUGUACGCGCUUCCUAGUUCAUGACAAUUUGUCAUUCUUGUUGUGAAUAUUUUGUACAUCUGUAAUGAUAAUUAUUCAUUUAAUGAAUUUAUAACCGCGCGUCUUAAAUAUUUAUUAUUUCUUAAAUUAUAAUUAUGUGAUUAUAUAUGAUUUCUUAUAUAAUUUAUUUUUUUCAUAUCUGUUUCUAAUUAUUAUUUUUUUUUUUAAUAAAAUUUUAAAACUGGUUUGAGGAAAAAAUUUUUUAAUUAAACAAUAUAUGAGACUAUAUAUUGUGAAGAUUUUUGAAUUAACUAAAUUACUAUUAAUUGUAUUUUUUCGAAGUAAUGUUGCAAAUAUUUACGUUUUUGAAAACAAUAGUUUAUAAUUAAAAAAUUUACACAUUGAACAAUUUUAACAGUCAAAAACAUCACAAUAAUCAUUAACAAUAGUAUUAAAAAGUAGAAUAAAAAAUUAUAUUCCAUGGAACAAAACAAAGAAAUUAAAGACUGAAAAAAUUCGAAAAAUAUUGUAGCUUUGAAAGAAAAAUUGUUUGAUAUAUUUAUAAAUAAGUAAAAACUAAGAUUUCACAUUUUGUAUGUAUUAUUAAUGUUAUAAUUGGGUUGGCUUUUUAUUAAUAAAAUACAUAUAUAAUAUGAAGAGAGAAAAAGAGAAAGAAUAUAAUAUAUUUCAAAUAUAGAUUGUAUAAAUAUUUAAAAAUGUAUAUAUUAAUAUUAUAAAAAUACAUACGAAGUGCAAGUUUUCUAUAAAUAUAAUACAUAUAUGUUAUAAGUAUGUAUUCUUAAAUUCUGUGCGCUAUUUUCAUAAAUGAUACUGAAAUUUUUAUAUGUGUUAUUUUACUUCAAUGUACAAUAUAAACAUAGCUUUUAAGCGAAAGUCAAAGUUCUCGCAAAAUAACAUUUGAAAUUUUUCUUUUUUUUUUUAUCGUUACAAGACAAUUGUCUUGUAUCUAUGUUUUAAAUAGGUCAGUUAUUGAUUGCAGUUACGCAUUUUUAUCUAAUCCAGUGCCAAGAGUGUUACCUAACUGCAACACGAAUAAAACGAAUGUAUGCAAAAACUUGUUACGUGUACGAAAGGAAAUAAACUAAAGUUCGCAAUAUUCCGACAAUCAAUGUCGAUAGAUUUGCAUUUGAGAUAUAUAAGGUUUCCCACGUCGAAUUUUAACGGCCGAUUUUUGUCUUGUAUAUUUUUAUAUAACAAAAAUGUACAAUAAAAUGUUUUUAUAUAAACAAUUUCUG